AGCAUUAUUAUUAUAUUGUCUAGGCUUUUCAGUUUACACCCUGGUUUACACACAAUUCUUGGCGGCGCGUGGAACAUUUAACAAGGAUUUAACAUAUCACUGCGCACGCGCAGUCCGUUGUGAACUGUCAAACUGUCAUUUAUGACAACGAACAUUUUAUAUUUCGACAAUUUUUGUUUUAACAGUAAAAUUUUAUAUCGACUGUGGUUUGACGUUAAAAAGUGACGCGAUUAUGAAAUUUUAAACUUGCACACAAAAUAAAUUAUUUCUUGGCGCUACCUAUCAAAUUAACAUAAGUUAUUUUGGGAAAAUAGAAACUGCAUGGUUAUGUAUUAUUCUAAAUAAUUUAAUGUGAAAUCGUCUUAGUAUAUAUGUAUACGAUACAAAAAAAUUUUUAAAUCUAUUCAACAUGUCGUGUGAUGACGAUUUUGCUUUAGCUUUGGUCUUACAAAAUGGAUCGUUCAUGGAAUGUAGUGUAGAGCCAAGUGGUCAUAACAAAAAAAAGCCACCAGAAAAAACUAGCUUAGCAGAUCCUUCAUGGGAGCUCAUAGACCCGACACCCGACAUAAUUGGUAUGUUUAUUGCAUUUGAUAUGAAGUUCUUCUGGGGGCAGCUGAAAAGUGUUGUUAUCAGAUGGAGUAAAAGAAUGUACAGUUGCGCUGGAAUUUGCAGUUACAGUGGCAGAGGUGGUAUGUGCACGAUUAGCUUAAGCGAACCAUUGUUGAAGUUGCGACCAAGAAAAGACACUGUCGAAACCUUGCUGCAUGAAAUGAUCCAUGCAUAUUUAUUUGUAACUCAUAAUAAUAAGGAUCGUAGUGGGCAUGGACCAGAGUUUCAUAAGCAUAUGUACAGGAUAAAUGCAGAAGCAGGAGUCAAUAUAACUGUAUAUCAUUCAUUUCAUGAUGAAGUUAAUCAUUAUAAAACUCAUUGGUGGAGGUGUAAUGGACCUUGUAGGUCAAAAGCGCCUUACUUUGGCACCGUGAAGAGAAGUUCAAAUCGAGCACCAGGUCCCAGUGAUUUUUGGUGGAACGAACAUAAAAUAACUUGUGGCGGCACUUGGGAGAAAGUCAAGGAACCUGACAAUGUUCGGAAGAAACAAGUUUUACCUGCAAAAAGCAAUGUGCACGGUGUUGGAGAUAUUCAGAAAUAUUUCAACAACAAUGGGAAUCCAAAAGGCUUAAAAUCAAAUCGAAGUAGCACAUUAGUGAUCACAAAACCCCCACAAACAAAAACAGCUACUGAACAAAAAUAUGAUAACAAAAAUUUAAUAACAAAUUAUGUUGCUAAAACCGUUGAUCAAACAAAUACAAACAUUAGAAAAGCAGUUACAAGUACUAGUGGAAACUUAACAAAUGUGAAAGGUUUUAAAAAUUUUGAUGUUGACUAUCCUCCGAAAGUAAUUACUCCUUUUACUGGCACAGGAAAUAACUUACGUACUUCUAAUGACAACUCUGAUUCGAAGAAAACAGCAUCAAAUGAAGAAAAUAUUUUACUUUUAGUGAGAAACCAUUGGACAAAUAAAUUUAAUAACACGACUUCACCUAGCAUCAAUAACAAGCAAAAAAAGAUCAAACUUACAGAUAAUGUAGACACUAAAAGUGGUGUUGGUGUUAACAAAUUUUUUGAAAACAGUAAUAAUACUGCCAAUGAAAUUCCAACAAUUUUAAUUGAUGAUGAUGAUGAUCUUUGCUUCUUACAAGUUAAUUGCCCGGUUUGCAAUGCAAAAGUUAAUGAAAGUGAUAUUAAUACACAUUUGGAUGCAUGUAUGGUAGGUAACUCUACAGAUUUAGAUGAAAGUAUGGAAAAUGAAUUUACUAAGGACUUUGUACCUGAUACAAGUUUGAGUGAUAAUGAUUUGAAGAAGUGUCCUUUAUGUAAUGUGUUGAUACCAAAGAGUGAAUUAUCUAAUCAUCUUGACUUAUGUGCUACUAUAGAUUUUGGUGAUGUUUGCAGCGCUUCUACACAGAACGUAAUGUCAAUGACUGAUACAUUAAAAACAUUAGGUUAUUCCGAGGAUGAAAUUAAGAAAAGUUUAUAUCAAACUAAUACUGAAGACAAAAAACCGACACAAAGCAUUACAAGUCAUAUUCAAACUAUAGAUCCAGAUUAUUGGAAUACAAGUGUCAAUACACAACCGAAUAAACUGAAUGAUGUUGCUGAUGAUGAAAGUUACUUAGAUGACUUAAUUAUUAAUGAUGGGGAUAUACCCGAUGCCUUUCCGUGUCCAUCAUGCUCAAAAAGUAUUAGUUUGAAUGAAAUGAAUUCUCAUUUAGAUAUUUGUUUAUGAAUAUGAUAUAUAA